AUGGGACAGGCGGAGAGCGCCGGAAGCGAAGGGGAAAUCGGUGUGGCAGAGCUCCAGAACUGGUAUAAGAAGUUUGUCACCGAGUGCCCCAGUGGGACGCUCUUCUUUCACGAGUUCAAGCGCUUUUUUGGUGUCCUGGACAACGACGAGGCGGCGGAAUACAUCGAGAAUAUGUUCCGGGCGUUCGACAAGAACGGGGACAACACCAUUGAUUUCCUGGAGUAUGUUGCGGCCCUCAAUCUGGUUCUAAGGGGUAACCUUGAGCACAAACUGAAGUGGACUUUCAAAGUUUACGACAAAGAUGGGAAUGGAUGCAUUGACAAGGCAGAGCUGCUGGAGAUCGUGGAGUCUAUUUACAGGCUAAAGAAGGCGUGCCGUAAAGAAAUGGACGACGGUUCUCCUCUCCUGUCCCCUGAGGAAGUCGUAGAUCGAAUAUUUCAAUUAGUGGAUGAAAAUGGUGAUGGCCACCUGUCUUUGAAUGAGUUUAUCGAUGGAGCUCGCAAGGAUAAAUGGGUAAUGAAGAUGCUGCAGAUGGACGUGAAUCCCGGUAGUUGGAUUAAUGAGCAGAGACGGAAAAGUGCUUUGUUUUAAUCGUGCAGUAAAAUGCCACAGGAUUUGACAAAUUUGUAAGCACUUAGAU